AUGUUCUCGUCUAAGAAGCCGAAAUUUAAGCUUGAUUUUGCUAUCAAGGACCUCAGCAACGUGCCCCAUACCACUGGCUACUGCUAUGUGGAAAUAUUUAUUCAAGAUUCCUACUCAGGUCUCAGAGCAGCCAUCUCCCUGUUGAAGCCAGUGCUGAAAAAUGACGACCUGGGCGAUGGCAAUUCGUUGAAUAGUGCAAGCUCUCUGGGUCAUCUUCACGUCAGAACAUCCAAAAGAAAGAUUCACAACUUCAAGUGUCUGUUCAAUUACAACAUGUCGUGCAACUUGCGCUUUCCGUACAAGAAGAAGGAGAACAUGAUUGGCGACAAGUAUCUCAUGCUCAGAGUCUACUAUAUGGGUGAAAAGAGCUCUAAAUUUGAAGGUGGAACCGAGUUGGGAAGAGUGGAGGUCAACUUAGCGGAGUAUUUGAACUUCUCAGAGCCGGCAUCUGCCAAGUACUUGCUUCAGAACUCCAAGGUUAAUUCCAUCUUGAGCUUUUCCAUAGGCUUGAAAGAGCUUCCCUCGGACUUUGAAUUCAGAACACAACUUCAAAUCGAUGACUCUACUCACAAUACCUCGACGGCAAUGGGCACCAGCCUGCUGCUUCAAAAGAGCACUGACUCCAAGUUCAAUGUUCCUCAGUUCUCUAGAAAAGCCAUUCUUGGAGGCAUUGAUAGUGUUAUCAACUCUGGAAGUUCUCAGGGCUCCCGUCAAGCUUCUGGAGAUGAGAGCCCGUCGCAAGCGUCUAGAAAUGAAGCAAAGGAGAACCUCGCCAAAGAGCAGAAAAGCAAUACUCAUCAAUCGGCUCCAAGGCAGACUUACGACAAUAUCAUUAUGGACCCUAUAGUCAGCGGGCUCUACAAGAACGUUCUUGAGUCGGCUUGGGACCCCGAGAUGCGUGCAUUACUUCAAUACCCACCAGAAAAAGUGGUUGACCACAUCUUCAGCUGUGGCGAUUCAGAAGACUGGAGAGACGGCCUCCCCGUAUACAAGGAUUUGCCGAGACUUUUGGCCAACGACCCCGCGAAGGAAAGAGAUGCAAGUGGGCUUGUCGGAGAAGAGUACCAUAGAGACGAUCUCAAGAGCUGGUCGAUAUCUUGGGCGUAA